CGCGCAGGAGCGGAGCGGCCCGGUGAGGCGGAGGCGCCGCGGGGACGGUCACCCGCCAUGGGCCAGACCUCGGUGUCCGCGCUGUCCCCGCAGCCCGGCAGCGUUGAUGGACUAGACAAAGCCUCCAUAGCAAACUCAGAUGGCCCCCCAGCAGGUUCCCAGACACCUCCCUUCAAGAGAAAGGGGAAACUCUCCACCAUUGGUAAGAUCUUCAAGCCUUGGAAAUGGAGGAAGAAGAAGACCAGCGACAAAUUCAGAGAAACCUCAGCAGUAUUAGAGAGGAAGAUAUCCACCAGACAAAGUAGAGAGGAGCUGAUAAGAAGGGGCCUGCUUAAAGAAUUGCCUGACCAAGAUGGAGAUGUAACAGUUAACUUUGAAAAUUCAAACGGGCACAUGAUACACAUCGGAGAGGAAUCUUCCCAGGAGGAGAAUGUAGGGAAACCCGAAGAAGGGAAUGGCUCUGUGUGUGAGAAAAUACCACCUCGGGAGGAAAAGGCAGAAGAUAAGAAAGCUGGUUCUUCUCACCCGAAGAAAGCAGCCGGCUCCAAAGCAUCCGCCUCAGCCUCUGCCUCCUCCACCUCCUCUCGUCCCAAAGUGUCCAAGGAGUCAGUUGCUAGCAAAACGGGUGUCGUGGGGACCGCAAGGGGCAAGAAGAAAAUUGGCAAGCAGCCGGCGGCCUCCCGACUGUCCUCAGACACCACCACUGCUGACACAUCUGGUCUGAAAGGAGAGCCCUCAGACACCGGGAUAGAGAGUCUCAAACAAGAAGAGACUGUUGCUGGAGCUGAGGAGCAGGCCACGGGCAAGUCCAAGGCUGCUGUCCUUCCACCUGCUGUGGCACCGCCGCCUUCCCCACCUGUCCUUCCUCUGCCCCUUGAGGAUCAGGGCGUUGUUGCCUUGGACACUCCCAUGGUCCCGGUCAGUGAUGGACCUACCCUGCCUGGCUCUCCCUUAGACCCAAGUCAGCUCCUUUGGACUGAAGAGCAGGCGAACAGAACCACUCCGUUUUCAAGCGCUGGCUUAAGUGGUACCAGAGAACAGGCCCAAUGUUUUACAACCAAAGAUGAGCUGGGAAAAGCUGGACCUCUUGGGCAGAUGGGAGACUCUUCAGAAUCCUUCAGUGCCCCGGAGGAUGAGACCUCAAAAGAAUACCAAUCCAUCGACUCUGACUCAGAUGGACCCAUCUUGUACACUGAUGAUGAUGAGGAAGAGGAUGAUGAUGAUGAUGGCAGUGGAGAAAGUGCUUUGGCAAGUAAGAUACGACGAAGGGACACUCUUGCCAUAAAACUUGGCAACAGACCGUCCAAAAAAGAACUGGAGGAUAAAAACAUCCUGCAGCGAACAUCUGAAGAAGAAAGACAGGAAAUAAGGCAGCAGAUCGGGACCAAGCUAGUCAGAAGACUCAGCCAGAGGCCAACAACUGAAGAAUUAGAGCAAAGAAACAUUUUAAAACAAAAGAACGAAGAAGAGGAGCAAGAAGCAAAAAUGGAACUGAAACGGAGACUCAGCCGGAAGCUCAGCCUAAGACCUUCUGUGGCAGAGCUACAAGCCCGAAGGAUCUUGCGAUUUAAUGAGUAUGUAGAAGUCACGGAUUCUCCCGACUAUGACCGCCGAGCCGACAAGCCCUGGGCCAGGUUGACACCUGCAGACAAGGCCGCAAUAAGAAAAGAACUCAAUGAAUUCAAAAGCACAGAAAUGGAAGUUCAUGAAGAGAGUCGACAGUUUACAAGGUUUCAUCGUCCAUAAGGAAGUGUGGGACUGCUCAGAAAUAUGGACUGACCAUCCCCGGCAGAAGCCCUGCUUCCUGAGACCCCGACAUUGCACUGAGAUAUGAACGUGUGUGUUUCCAUUUCAUUGCGGUGAAGGAGGCGCGUGACUCGGCUUUGGUUGAGACUUCUCCUCACCCGGACAGCCCAGACGAGGCCAACACGCUGAGAGCCAGACGCAGCAAGCCUGGCUGCCCAGGAUGUGCACUAACGUAAGGGACACUCUGGCUCUCUCAGCUGUUCUUCGUCAGAAAUUUCAAUCAAAGAAGACAAGCAGAAGACAAUCGCCGGUGUGACUGCCAGAAAGCCAAAUGGUAUAGUACGUGUGGGUUGACCAACAGGAGACAUUGGUAUUGCUGGUGGUCACCCCAACAGCGUGGGAGCUAAAAUGAGGAGGACAGUUCCGUUAUGUUAAUGAAGAAAAGAAGAAUGAAGAUAAGUAUAUUUUUGAAGUAAGCAUUUGGUAGCUGAGAACUUACUAAGGGGUUUGGGAACCUACUCAACCAAUGUGGAUUCCUUAAAGACUUGAUUCCAGAACAUUCUUGUUUCACCAAUAUGUUGGUUCUGUGUAAUACCGUAUGUUUUAUGUUGUGCCAGUGAACCCAGUUGCCAGAAACAAAUGUGAGUGUGCAUUAAAUGCAAGAAGCCUCUACCCACUCUUACCAAGCAUGCUUGCUUGCAUUGUGUUGCAUGCUUUCUGUAGCCCAGCUAUCCACACGACCUUUUCUUAUACUGCUUUCCUAAUGGAUGAGCCCUCUACAAGGCUAACAGAAGUAAGGUCAGAUAUAAAGUGACCCCACAAAACUGUUGGAACCUUUAGAAAUAAAUCUCCUGUCUUAGUUAUCUCCCAAGUCAGGAAACCAUUCAUUAUCUAAAGAAGAUUAUAUGGACAAUCAUGACACCCUUUUUAAAAACUCAAUCCAGAGUUGCAGCGUAAGCAGCAUACAAGUGUGUGCUGCUUGCUCCAAUUUCUGAAGGGGAAUUAAAAAAAAAAUACUCGGUAGUUUUGAGUGCUACGUUAAAAAUUUUAAAAAAGUUAGGUUGCUGCUAUUAAAAAAAAAAUCAAGCACAUAGAUUUAACAAAAAUACCCUAAGGCUUAAAGGAAGACAGAAAAUUGCUGGUUUAUGUAAAGGAAACCUUACCGUCUGUGCUGAUUCUGUGGAUCACAUCCAUACAUACAAGCUGUACUCCCCGUGCCAGAAAAGCAGUGAGAUACGGUUCAGGCCAGUUUCUACAAGAGCCUGUAAUCAGUCUUGUUUACAUUAAGAAGCUUCCUCCCUCAAAUUGCUUUUCUCUGUGGUAUCAGGCUCCAGCACAGAACCCCAGAAGGGCUCACUUGUGAAUACUACCUUGAAUUUCAUUUCCCUUAACAAUUGUUUUGGGCCUCUUGGAUUAAAAGCAUACGAUAUUAUUUUUUAAAAAGAGAAGGCAGAAUCUGUAUCAAGUCUAUCUUAUUCUCUGAUCUGGAACUCUGACUGUUCUGCUUCAGGAUGUGGAAGCCUGUAAUUUUCUAUCCCAACUGAGAAGUCAGCAUUUAAUCAGUGGAAUAAGUGUAGGUCCCACCACUCUGUGGUAUUUGGAAGAACCACUUGAAAUUUGAUGAUUUCAUUUCAAAGUAAAAGUGGUUAGCUGCAGUUGACCUAUUAUAAAGAGCCAGGAGGAGCAUUACGUGAGGUAUCCAGCAUUAUUGUACCCUUCACUAUGCUUAGCUGUUCGCAUUAAUAAAACAAGGCUACAAUCUACACGAGUUCAUUUCACUAAUGGCGGAAGACAGAUUUUGCUUUUGAAGUAAUGUCUGUGCGUGCCCUGGUGUUUGUCUUCGGCUGAGAGCUUGUUUGUUGUGUUGUUAUUUUGCAGUGCUGGGAUUGAACCAGGGCCUUGUGGGUGUCCUGCAUACUUUCUAGAACCCCUGAGCUGUGCUCCCAGCCUUGGUUUGCUUUAGUGUCUCAAUUCAGCCAUGAAAAUUAACUCCUUUCUCAUUACUUGCAAAGUAGUUUUCCUUUAGGAUACCUUAUUAACAUCCCAGUGUCAUGAGAAAAAUGCCGAGGCAGAUAAUGUUUCUUAAUCUAUGCUUAUCAUCUUGGAGCAUUUUAAAACUUCUAAUUGCACGUUCUCUGUACAUUGUAAGUGCAAUACAUGCGCACCAGUUGUCACUCAAAGCGUAUGCCGUAGGAAGGCUCUAUUUGGUUGUUUAAAAGAACAAUCUCCCCCACCCCACCCCACCCCCGCCGCCCCAUAGUGGUCUGAAUUAUACAAUUUCUACUUUCCACAAUGAUAUUCUUCCACUACAACACAAGCUUCAUGCUGAAGCCCCCAGUUCAAUCCCCAGUUCUGCACAAAUGAAAACCUGUCUCCUGAUAUGGUCUGUCCUAUUUAUGAACCACACAUACCUCUCCUUCGUACUGACUGAUACAUUGAGAGGAAAAUUUGUAAGUUAGAAGUUUGAAAAGGUAAAAAUUAACUACCAGUAGUCUAAUAUUUAAAUAAUUAGAACCACCCAUUACUUCAUCACAAUGAUCUAUUAAUUUUUUUUAAAGCCAUGGAAAGAAUUAGAAUAUCGUGAGCCAAGUAGUUCUCAGAAUAAAGCUCUAUUUCAUGGUUAAUUUUCAAAGGCAGGGAAACGUAAAGGGGGCAUAGCCUCACUAGCAGCCCAUCCUGGCAUCCCCACAGAAGGCAAAGGCAUGUCUCCCUGCAAUUACGCCUCUGCCCACUGCCAGCAUUUCUGCAGCCCAACCACCAAGCCACUAUUCUCUAAGAAAAUAAAUAUGUGCAGAAAUUGGAGUUAUACUUUGGUGCAGUUGUAACACAAUUCCAGUUUCUCACUAAAGCAUACCAUUAGGCUGAUGGAGAAAAUGAGUGAGGUUUUUCUGGCUCCUGAGAUAUGAUGAAGAAAGAAAAUUAGCCCAUCUCAUGGAAGGUCCCAGGCAGGAAAGAACAAGACCAAAUAAAAAAUAUCAACUGGCCAUUUCCAUCUUGGCUUUUAAUGGAGGAGCGAAACCCUGUUGAUAUUACAGUAAUGAGAAAACACUAAUUCCCCUUCAUUCAGCAGCCUCAUGGUCAUGACCAACCAACAUGACAAAAAUGGUCCUCGAAUCAGCAUUCACUUGGGACGUCUUGACUGGUGAUUUCCUAUACGUGUGAAAUGUCUUGUGUUUUUGUGUUAGCUGUAAUUUACCUUUAUGCUUAUUUCUUAC